AUGGGCCUGGUAAUACAUCACCUCCAGCGUUCGCAGUCUGAACGGAUAGUCUGGCUCUGCGAGGAACUUGGAAUCGACUAUGAGCUAAAGAUCUAUCAACGGGAGUGUGGUAGCCUGGGAGCGCCAUCAAACUUGAAAGCAAUUCACCCCACUGGCACAACACCCGUGAUUCAUGACGGUGAGAUUACUAUCUCGGAGAGUGGUGCCAUAAUGGAUUACAUCCUGGGCAGAUACGGAAAUGGUGCGCUCACAGCUCCGAGUAAUGCCUCGAACUUCUCCGAUUAUGUCUUCUGGUAUCACUGGGGUAUUGCGACAUUUCAGAGCACUACGAUGACUCUCAUCUACGUCCGCAAGGCUGGUGUUGAGGAAACUCAUCCUGUUCUGCAAGCACUGAACCAAAAGAUAACGGACGCACUAGAGAUGAUGGACCGACGCCUGAUACAGUGUCCGUGGCUUGCAGGUGACGAAUUUACAGCCGCAGACGUUUACGCUGUAUUUAUCGUCACGACCAUGCGGCUGUUCACUCCGUUCCCACUAUCAGGCUAUAGCGGUAUCAAGAGGUGGUUGAAAAGUAUCGGACAGAGGCCAGCUUAUGAAAGAAUGAUUGAGAAGGCUGAGCAGGGUGAGAACAGAGGUCAAGUUCCAGUGUUCUGCGACGAAGCGCCGCGGCCGAUGAUAAGCUACUGA